CUAAAGCAGUUAGAAUUUUGCAGAUUUUUUAAUUAAUACAAUGACAGCAAGAUAGCAAAUUAUAAACGCCAGCCGAAACGAUGGUAGUGACGAACAAUCACCAAUUGUGAGAUAAGAAGUCGGUGUAAAAUGUUGCGUUGUUGCAGUUCAGUCUUCUAUUUUGAAACAAGGGGAUGUUUACGAAGGAUGUAGCAGCAAAGCAUACAUGUUUCUUCUGGAAAGUACUGAAGUAACCACAUGUUUAUUGUAGUCCCGAGUUUUAUAUACAGUACAAAUAAUGCUUUGUGCAGAAUCAAAUGGUAAAGUUAGUCAAAAGCUGCUGUAUGUCCAGUCCAGACUAUAAUUAUUAAUUAAUUAUUGUGUUUUAAUAUUCAUUUGUACAUUAUAUUUUAUAGUGGCCAAAUAGGUUCAGUUAAUUUAAUUUGGUUCUAAAAUAAAAAUGUUUCGGCUAGUUGCACAAAGACUUGUUCCAGCUGUGACAAAAGCAGCAAUUGUGCAACCAACGCCAGUACGUGUUUUGCCUGCUAUCUCCAAUAUUAUUCGCAACUCAUCAACAACUGUAGCACUGACUGAUGAACAAAAGGAUCAGCAAUGGGUAGAAUAUUUUGACAAUCCAGAGCUUGAUUACUUUGAUUUCUGCAUUGGAUUCAAAGAUUUGUGGCAAGAGGAUGCAAUACCUGAGCCAGUGAUCCUACAAUCUGCUUUAUACGCUUGCAGGAGGCUUAAUAACCUUCCCAUAGCGCUGAGAUGUCUUGAACUAGUGCGAAUCAAGUGUUGUGACAAGAAAGAAAUAUACGAUUACAUUAUUCAGGAGCUUGGACCAACAUUUGAUGACUUGGGAUUGAAGACACCAGAGCAGUUGGAAAUUGACCAAGUCACAGAAAAUUUUGAAACUGACCGUUUAUAAAUGAGUAUUUUUCUGAUCUAAAUUUAUUACAGUAAAAUGAGACAUCUUGUGUAAAGUAAUAGGGAUUGAUUUUUUCAGUAAUAGGGAUAUAAAACAUGAAGUCUCGAGUUGUGUGCUAGAGUUCCUUUUACCCAUAUUUGGGUCAUAAUAAUAAAAAUCCUAUUUAAAACGA